GAUUUUAUUUCUACAUAACAAAACUCAAAAUAAUUCCCGCCAAACUAUCCCCAUCAGUUAGGAACACCUAUAUGGUUCCCGCCUUUCAAAGGUUGGUAUAAAUACAAUUCUGGUUGGCAUUUCCGUUGUUCGGGGUGAAUCUCUUAAAGUUAAAGGAUAUGGAUACAUCAAGCCCUGCAGUUCUUGUCAACGCAGAGUUGUUGCGCAUGUAUGUAGGAAGGAAGGUUCGGACAGUGGUUCAAGUUAUUGAAUCUGAUGGUGAAAUCGCGACAGGAAAAUCUGCAGACGAACGUCAAUUGAUUAUAAAAGGACUGCCGGAUGUCUCUCCUAUGAGUCAUGUUGAGGUGAUUGGUAUUGCUGAGAGUGAACAGUCCAUUCGUGCUGAAAAAUGGACCAACUUUGGCCACACAUUUGACACCCAAUCAUACAAUCAGCUAUGCCAACUUGCAAACGGGGAGUUCAUAGGUUUAUUUAUGUAGCGAGGCAUCCUUCAGCUAAAACAGAUGGGAGUGUUUAGCGUUUCAAGAUUGAAUAAAAGACCACCAAGAAAUAUCCUUAUGGAUGCGACUACUCUCAAGAAUCAGUCUUUAUUUACUAGGGAAUUGGGGAAAUAUGCUUGUAUCCUACUAAUCUAGUGGAACUGUUGUACCAGUCUUUAUUUACUAUAUAUUUCAACAACCUCCUUCUAUGAAAAGUGUUUGAUUCUAGAACAAAA